CGCGCUCCGGGGCAGCGCCUGCGGGCAGCCAGGCGGCUGGAGCCGAGGAGGGAGGCUAGAUUGGAGGAAAGCCUCCUGCCUGCCGCUCUGCCCUCGGCCUUCCACGCGUGGCCCCCCGGGUCCAGCUGCGGGGGCCAAACAGGGGCUCCCCUUGGUCUGGGCGCGCCCCGGCCGGUCUUCCCAGCCUCGCAAAGGCCAGCGACCGGCGCCCCCUCCUCGGCCGGGCGGGGCGGCGGCGCCGCGAGGGUUAAAGCGGCCGCGUGAUUGACAGCGCGGCUCCUGGUGCCCGGGGGCCAGGCGUGCGCCAUUGGCCACCGGUCGGUGCGCCGAGCAGCCAAUGGGUGGGCACCGUCCACGAGCGGGGCCGCGUGCCUCCCGCUCCCAUUGGCUGAAAGUCACUGUGGGAAAGAAAGUUUGGCAAGUUUCACACGAGCCGUUCGCGUGCAGGGCAGUUUAUAAAUAGCGGCCGCCAGGCAGGGAGCCGGCCGGGGCUGCGCAGGGCUGGGGGCGGCUCCAUAGGCCGGCAGCUCCGACCGCAGGAAAGCGUAGAGGGGGUGCCGUAGUGGGAAGGGCCGGCAGUCGCUGCCGCCGGCGGAGAGGGUCACGCCACCACAUCCACGCCCGCCCGAGUCGCUGCAGGGGACGCUGCGCCGGAUCCCGAGUCGCGCCGGCUCUCCCGCGGCCACGAUGCCCGCCGACCUGAUGGAGAAGAGCUCCUCCUCGCCCGCGGCGGCCACCCCGGCCAGCGCGCACUCCACUCCGGACAAGCCCCGCACCGCCGCCGAGCAGCGGAAGGUAAAAGAGGGGUCCGGGCGGGGGAGCGGGCGGGGGCGCCUCUCCGCGGCUCGGCCCACCGCUGCACUCGCCUUCUCCCCACAGUCCUCCAAGCCGAUCAUGGAGAAACGGCGUCGCGCCCGGAUCAACGAGAGCCUGGGGCAGCUCAAGACGCUCAUCCUGGACGCCCUCAAGAAGGACAGCUCCCGGCACUCCAAGCUGGAGAAGGCUGAUAUCUUGGAAAUGACGGUGAAGCACUUGCGCAGCCUGCAGCGGGCCCAGAUGACCGCCGCGCUCAGCACGGACCCCUCCGUCUUGUGCAAGUACCGAGCAGGUUUCAACGAGUGCAUGACCGAGGUGACUCGCUUCCUCUCCUCCUGCGAGGCCGUGAACACGGAGGUCCGGAACCGGCUGCUUGGACACCUGGCCGGCUGCCUGAGUCAGAUCAGCGCCCUGAACUACCCCGCCCCGCAAUCUGCAGCGCUGCCCCCGGCGCCCGGCGCCCAGCACGGAGCCUCUUUGGGGCAGCCUCUGGUACAGAUGCCCGCCGGCACGGCGCCCCCUUCUGGCAGCGUGGCUUCCUGCAAACUCGGCAGUCUGGUCGGCGAGAGUGCCAAGGUGUGCGGCGGCUUCCAACUAGUGCCAGCUUCCGAUGGGCAGUUCGCCUUCCUCAUCCCCAACGCGGCCUUUGCACCCCACGGCAGCACCAUCAUCCCGCUCUACACCAGUGGGGGUCUGAGCUCAGGCCCUCCCACAGCCAGCAUCUCGUCAGGAUCGGGUGCCCCAUCGCUCCCGGCAGACUCGCUCUGGAGACCCUGGUGAGCCCUGGGGACCAAGCCUUGGCCCUGGACUCAGGGAGCAGGGCCGUCAGUGGCCGCCCGUGGCCACCCACUUGGAUUCUGCUCCAUGGCCACCUUGAAGGCAGCCUCGUCUCUGCCUGUCCAUAGGAUCUACCUUUCAUGUUGGAUUGUGCCUUCCCCGAGACUGGCCCUGUCCUCUCUCUGCGUGGGUGUGGGGGCAACGGGGGUCCGAGUGUACUUUCCCUCCUUGUCUUUCUGCCUUUUUUUAUUUCUAAGCAAUACCAAAGAUUGAUUUGUUCUUAUAGAAAAAGCCUCUCCUUCCUUUUUUGGAAGCUUUGAUAGAAAUAAAGACUUUGACUAUCA